GGAAUUCUUUUCUAUUGAAUUUAAAUCAAAAUCACUUUAUUGAAUCAAAUCGGUCAAAGAUCAAAUUGGGGCUAAAUUUUGAUCACUAGUGUGCAACCUCUCAUUAUGAUAAUGCGCUAGACACAACAUGACACGACAGGUCACGUACGUAGCCGUCACGGGGCUGUGCCUACCUUAGUUGAACCCCACAAAUCUCAUUGACCAUCUUGUGUAGCCCCCUUUGACUCUAACGAGAGAGCGAGACAAUUGACGCAUCCCGGAGGCCGCAUAGAAGACCUCUCCCGGCUCUCCGGCCUCCUUCAUCCUCUCCACGGUCACGGCCAAAACUGCCAAUUUGGCCGCAUCAAAAGACCCUCACAACACACAAGAACAUGAUUCAUCUCUCCAAAAAACUUGUAGAUCAAAAUUUUAACACCCCAAAAUCAAUCAAAAUUCCAAAUUUCCACCCUUAAGUUCCUUUCCAAAUCGGUAUUCCUAUUAGGCUUCUAUGUAUAGAUGAUGAAAAUGAUGAUGAAAUCUAAGCCCCCGAUCCUUCCCCUAACGAAUGACCCAUCAAAAUCAUAUCUUGCUUCUUCUACGUCUUCCAUGUUUGUUCAUCAAACAACUAAUUAUGAACUACCCAAUUCCCAUAUUCUAAUUUCUCCUAUUGAUGAUGAUCACUAUUCUUUGGAAAAGAAACCCCUUCUUUCCAGGUCUUUUAGCUUCACAGAUAAACCCACUAAUACCACCCAGCAACAGCGCAGACGUCGUUGUACUAGUGAUGAUAAUCUACUUCCUGGCGGCAAUGGGGGUGAAAAAGAUUCGUCACUUGCUAUCAGUGUUGAGCAUGCUGCUGCUGAAACUUAUUUGAUCACCAGUCUCAGUUUUAAGCUUCUGGGUUAUUUAGGGGUAGGCUACAGAUGGAUCAUAAGAUUUUUAGCUCUUGGUUGUUAUGCCAUUUUACUAAUGCCUGGUUUUGUUCAAGUUGGAUAUAAUUACUUCUUUUCCAGUCAUAUCCGCAGAGGUAUAGUCUAUGGUGAUCAACCUAGAAACAGCCUUGAUCUAUACUUGCCCAAGAAUAGCGAUGGGCCGAAGCCAGUUGUUGCAUUUGUCACUGGUGGAGCCUGGAUAAUUGGUUAUAAAGCAUGGGGUUCUCUCCUUGGUCAACAAUUAUCUGAUAGAGACAUUAUGGUUGCAUGUAUAGAUUACAGAAAUUUUCCUCAAGGUACAAUGAGAGAUAUGAUAGAAGAUGCUUCCCGUGGAAUUUCAUUUGUCUGCAAAAAUAUUGAGGAAUAUGGAGGCGAUCCCAGCAGGAUAUAUCUAAUGGGACAGUCAGCUGGUGCACACAUAUCUGCUUGCACUCUUAUUGAACAAGCUAUCAAAGAGGCUGGUGGUGAGGGAGAAAGUGUUUCUUGGAGCGUCUCGCAAAUUAAAGCAUAUUUUGGAUUAUCAGGAGGGUAUAAUUUGUUAAACCUUGUUGAUCAUUUCCACAAUAGGGGUUUAUACCGUUCCAUUUUUCUGAGUAUUAUGGGAGGGGAGCAGUCAUUGCGGAACUACUCGCCUGAAAUCGUGGUGCAAGAUCCAAAUGUUAGAAGUGCUGUGUCUCUACUACCUCCUAUGAUUCUUUUCCAUGGUACUGCUGAUUAUUCCAUUCCGUCAGAUGACAGUGUGAAAUUUGCUGACACACUUCGAGGCCUUGGUGUAGAAGCUCGAGCGACAUUGUACGAAGGGAAGACUCAUACUGAUGUUUUUCUCCAGGAUCCAAUGAGAGGUGGUAAUGAUUCAAUGUUUGAAGAUUUAGUUGCUAUAAUUCAUGCCGAUGAUGAAGAUGGACAAGCGAAGGAUGCAAUGGCACCUCAAAGAAAACGUAUGGUGCCUGAAAUUAUGCUGAAAUUAGCUCGUGCUGUUAGUCCUUUCUAAGUUUAGUAUAUUUUUAAGGAAUUUGUCUAGUUUUUAGAGGAAAGAAGACGACAUAUUAUUUCCGCUGUUCUACAGCAGCGACAUUGUAUUUGUACAUACAUAUACAUAUCGGUAUUUUAAUUAUAAAUAGGUCCCAACUUCCAACUUUGUAUUUUUGGAUCUCACCAUUGCAAAUGAUGUAAUGUCAAAAACAGUUUUCUUUGAGAUAUGGAAAAUCUGCCCCAGCCCCCAUUCAUAUUUCA